AAGUUAACGCCCUCUUAGAGUUCAGGUAUUUUCUGUGCUGUUAUGUUGCUUUUAUCCGAAACAUUGUUGGGCUUGUCUGCGGCUCCACUGAUGUUCAAGAAGGGAGCUUUCUAGGUGCUUUGCUUACUUUCUAUCCUCCUGUUGUGAGCAGAGCCUCAGAAGAGAAGGACAGACGGGACUUGUUUCUGGAAGCCACAAUGAAUACAACCAACUGUACUGAACCGAAGAAGGAGGAAUUUAUGAAUACACUUCUGACUACUCUUUACAUCUUGGUUUUUGUUGUUGGAUUGCUACUGAAUUUAUGUGGAAUGAAGUGUUUGGUACACAACUGGAAGAAACUUAGGAUUAUUACCAUCCUUGUUCUUAACCUUGAAGUAGCAGACAUGUUGUAUCUGCUGACUCACCCAUUUCUUGUGUACUACAUUAAUAAGAAUGACUGGAUCUUUGGAAAAGGAUUCUGCUUGGUAGCAAGAUUCUGCUUCUACCUGAAUUUAUACGGCAGCAUUGGAUUUCUCACCUGUAUCAGUGUGUACCGGUACCUGGCUGUUGUUCAUCCAAUGAGAACGAUGGGGAGAUUAGCUACAACUCACUCUGUGGUCAUCUCAGUUGUGAUGUGGAUUCUGGCGAGUGUCAUAAGUUUUCCAGACUUGUCAUUCCCCAAAUAUUCAGAGAACUCUUCAGCGUGUUAUGAUACAACUGAUUCAGACAAUGUUGAGAAAUACCUGACCUACAGCCUCUGCUGGACGUUCAUUGGAUUCUGCAUCCCUUUUAUCGUCAUUGUGGGCUGCUAUGGACAUGUGAUUGUUGUGAUCUCCUGCUCAGAUAUGAUGAAGAAGAACCAGAAACAACAAAUCUUAAAGCUGUUGGUUUUUUUGAUUCUUUUAUUUACUUUUUCUUAUGCACCCUUCCAUGUUUUCAAGAACCUCAGUCUGUAUUCCAGAGUUUUGAUUAAGCAGAAGGAAUGUCGUACGUGGAUUAAUGGAGUAUAUAAUGCACGUAUUGUAAGUUUUGGUCUUGUGAGCCUGAAUAGUGCUGUUAACCCGCUGGUUUACCUGUGUGUUUCUGAGGACAUGGAUACUCAGUUCAGGCAGCUGCUGCAGGGAUGUCAACCGAUGUUCAGUUGUUUCAAGCUGAAAUCCAGCUCUGAGCCAGUGUGAGGAAGAAGCUGAAAGUGUCAUGAUUCGUGUUUCUGUGUUUAUUUUUUCAGUCCCGUUUUCCUGUAGUCUCUGUCCUGUCCUCCCGUUGAUUGUUUCCCAGGUGUGUCUCAUCCCCUUGAUUACCCCGUGUGUAUUUAAACCCACCUGUUGUCCUCGUCUCUCGUUGGAUCCUUGUCGUAUGUCGCCUGUUUCUCCGUGCUGUUCCCUGGAAAUCAUCAUUAAAUUCAUCAUUUUCACAUACAUCCUGGGUCUGCCUGCAUCCGCGUCCUCACCUCAACAAACCACAUCAUGACAGAAAGUGCUUUAUGAAUGGGAGUCACAUUUGUGUCAAUCAGACUCUUCAGGAACGUCCUGAUAUCCGUGACGAGGACAGAGAUGCAACUGUGUCUGCAUCCAGGACCUACUGCCAGUCAUCUGGAUGUAGCUAAAUAAAGAUGCAGGUAAGAUUUAUUACUAAUCUAGAGAUGUCACAAUUCCUUGAGUGAUUAAAGCACUGUGAUUUAUUAAAAUCCAUCAAAGCAAAUUAUCUGCCUCAGAGUUUGUUGAACUAUGUUUUGCUAUUUAUUACCAACUGCUUUUAAUUAUUUUUUCUUCCAAGUGUUUUCUCUUUUUCAUUAGUUUUUAUUUUUUUGUAAGAAUGUAUUGUGUUUUUUUUUGUUUUUGUUUUUAUGUCUCAUGUGUGCAUACUAAGCUGAAAGUUGCCAAACAAUUUCACUGUAGUUUCAUAAUGACUAAAAGAUGCCUGUAGCUCAUAAUGAUUGUCUGUUCUGUAUUAACAGCUGAUGGAGGAAGGCAGAGAGUACUGGCAGCAGAGGAGGUGGCAUUCUGGGAGGAUGGCAGCUAUGAGGCGGUGUCAGGAUGGACCCCAAGUUCCUCCAACCAGGAGCUCAGUGACAUCAGGAUUACAUUACAGAAAGAGACGUCAGGUCUAUGCUGCAGGAGAGAUGUUGGGCCUGUCCUGAACGCAGCAUAAUGUUUGGACAAAAAAAACACUGCCAGAUGGUCCAGAAAUGGACAAGCAUUUAUAUCUUAUUUUGUGUGCAAACAGUAAAAAAUAAAAUGAAAUAAAGAUAAAAAAAAAACUUCUUUGUCUCUUUUAUGUUCCUCAUAUAUGAACAUGUUGCAUAUAAGCAAUAUCAAAUGCUUAUACAAUACAGCAUUUAUUUUUAUAUAGAUUUUUUAAAAUACAACAUUAAAAAUAUUAAUGAUUGGGG